CUCUCUACUUAUAUAGUUAACCAGAUCAGGAAUGGGGGUUUUGGUUUUGAAAUUGAUCUUAAUAUACUUGCUUUUCAGUGCAGUGUUCGUUUGUUGUUGGAGCUCCCCACAAUCGGGACUCGGAGGGAAUGCGACGGAUAGGCUGGCGUUGCUUGCCAUCAAAGCUCAAAUAAAGCAAGAUCUCCAUAAUUACAACGUGAUGAGCUCCUGGAACGAAUCCGUGCACUUUUGCAUGUGGCGUGGUGUGACGUGCGGUCGACAUCGCCAAAGGGUCACUAACCUGGACCUGCAAUCUCAAAAUCUGGUAGGGAAACUAUCCCCAAACAUAGGAAAUCUAAGUUUUCUAAGGGAGCUGUGGCUCCAAAACAACAGCUUCAGUUAUGAAAUUCCUCCACAAAUUGGGAAUUUGCGUAGAUUGCAUGUAUUGCGAUUAGACGUUAACUCGUUUAGUGGCAGUAUUCCUCACAAUAUAUCAUAUUGCUUCAACCUUAUCCAUGUGAAUUUCUCUCGCAACAAGUUGGUGGGUAAAAUUCCUUCAAAAAUUGGAUUGUUGUCGAAGCUGCAAAAAUUUUCAUUAAGCUUUAAUAAUAUAACGGGACAGGUCCCUCCUUCUUUAGGGAACCUUUCGUCUCUCCAGUCAGCAAGUCUUCUUAGUAAUAACUUGAUGGGAAACAUCCCCAGUUCUCUUGGCCAAUUGAAAAAAUUAACCUUCUUGGGAUUGGGGUUAAAUCAGUUGUCUGGUAGCAUCCCUUCCUCCAUUUAUAACCUCUCUUCUCUUGUUACAUUU